GGCCACGCCCAUCUAUUCCGUUCAAGAUGGCGGAAAAUAUUGUCUAACAGCUCAGAAGGUCGGUCUUUGCCACGCCACCCGUUAACUGUUAAGGUCAUGGUAAAAAUUCCCGGUAUCAGCUUGUCCUUCAGAGACUGAGUAUGUCAAGAUCAAAUAUCUGCAGUUUUAUUAAUGGAAACAUUAGAAGUCCAGUUCAAGAUUCAAAAGGCUGGAAUGAAGGACAUUUGGUAAAGUCUCUACACCAAAUUGUUCAUGAUAAAGCGCGAACUUUUAGUGAUUCAACACUUGUUGGUAGUGGCUCAAUGACGGCUUCUAUCAAUCGCAGUGAUUGCACUCUCACAGAAUCGUUCUCUGGGAGAUAUUCAACCAAUUCCUGGGGUGCUGAUGAAGCUCUAUUUGAGAAAGAAAUGGCUGAGAAGGUGCGCAAGAAGUUGGAUAUAAUUCAUUCAGCACUUUAUAAUGGGAAGCCAACAGGAAAUGUGCAAGUUGAUGAAGAAUGUAAUCAGUGGAGCGCAAACUUCCCACACCUUAUGGUCCACGGACUUCACUUGUUGGACUCCAUGGAUGAUGGGACUGAUAUGAUUGACCCUGACCCAUUUCUCAUGCUCGAUGUGUUGUCUGAUUUUGUUCCUUCCAUGGAACCUUCUCAAGAUCUUGAAGUGGUGGGUAGGCACAUAGAACCUAAAGCUCCUCCCAUUACAGUUGGCUGCUCCCACUCAUAUGAGGAAGUACUUGCAGCAGAUGGGGUGAUUGAGGAAUUUUUUGCAUUUGAUAAGUCGAUCGAUGAAACUCUUUCUGAAACAACUCGUCAUUCAAGAUUAAAACGCAAUCAUCGGCUACCUCCAUUGACUCCCAAUGCUGCUGUGAAGGACACAGUUUGCAAUCUUGUUUUUGAUCAGAUUUGGAACGAAACUGUAUCCUUGUUGCAGCCAGUGGUGACCGUGAUUAGAGAGAGAGCAUCGACAAUGGGGAGGCAUAGUAACAGUUAUGCUCUUGAUGUGUCACUCCCCCCUCUGGCUGACACUGAAGACAGUGAAUUUCUCCAUCACCAGCCAUACAUCUUGAGAGGUUUACGAGACCCUACUACUCUAACUAAGGCACCUGGACCUUCUGGAGCUAAGUUCCUUAGAUUUAAACAUUCAAGCUCCAAUCUCCCAGCUACUUUACCUCAAGUCAGUGGCAACCUUUCUGGAGUAAUGCAGAUUCGUUCAGUCUCUCUUCAACAUAGACUUCCAUCUGUGGUCACUGACGUCAGCCGAGAAGGGACACCUUUGAUAUUCAGACCUGGUACAAGUGUGGGAUCUCAUGCACCAAAGAGCAACACUCCCUUACCCCUUAAAUUUUCGGACUUGCAGCUACAAUCUGGCCCCGGGGCGCGCCUCAUGUCUAGCAGGGUAACGAGCAGAAGAAAUGUUUCCCUGAAACCAAUUGACAGACCAAAAACACCUGCAAUAGACAGCUGUAUUCGAGGAUUUAAAUUGUCCACAAAUGUUUCUAUGUCUUCACCACCGUCAACACCAUUCACAAGAAACAAUCAACUACCCCCGUUGGAAACAACUCUUAGUAGUGUAACCAAUAUCAGCUAUACCAAUAGCUUUGAAAAAUCUCCUCCAUUUCAGCUACGAACCAGUGCUCGUGACAAGAACCGUGUAACAUUUAAUUCUAGGAUUAUUAGUGCAGCAGAUUUCCAAGAUACUUGGAAAAACAAAGUCACCAUGUCAGAAGAUAUUCGCCCAAGCACAACAUCAACUUCAUGUAGACAGGAUGGACCCCCAAAAUCAGUUGGUAGAAAAUGUUCUGAACAGGCACUGCAAUUUUAUGGUAACAUGACAGUUGUUGGACAUGCUGCUGCACAUCAUGGUACUGUUAUCGACCGAAAUGAUGUGAUAGACAUUACUGCGUCUAAAGACAGAUUCACUCUGAGCAUAGCUGAGGAUAGUGAACAUAUGGACUCCGAUACACAAGCUUUUACAAUCACUGGAACAUCUGGAUUGUUUAAAUCAAGACCUUCUGCCAGAGGGAAACUCAGAGGUCAUGUCAGAUAACACAUAAAUAAAAAUUAUUGCUUAUUGACAUAACAUUUAAAUUAAUAUUAAUGAUUUACACUUGUGAUCAAAGUUUUAACUUCUAUUGCUUGCA